UUACUAAAACCAAAACCAAAUCAAUUAAGCUUCGAAAUCAAUUAAUUCCAAAUUAUGAAAAUCGCGUUUUGUUUUGAGAGGGAUGAGUUUCUUCCAGGGAAUCAUUGAUUCUUUCAAUUCCAUCUUCACUCCUGAACCUGAUCACAAUCACAAUCUCAACCCUUCUUCUUCUUCUUCUUCUUCACCAAUGGAAGCUUCUCCUUCUCCUUCUCCUUCUUCUUCGGUUUCCAACGAACGCGUCGCUUACAAGCUCAAAGGCUACUUCGAUUUGGCCACGCAAGAGAUCGACAAGGCCGUUCGAGCCGAAGAGUGGGGCUUGGUCGACGAUGCUCUUCUUCACUACAGGAACGCACAGAAGAUCCUCGUUGAAGCUAAUUCUACUCCUGUUCCUUCUUUCAUCACUUCCAGUGAAAAGCAGAAGGUGCAAUCGUAUCGUCAAAAGAUAUCAAAAUGGCAGGGCCAAGUUUCUGAGAGAUUACAGACUCUCAGUAGACGAGCAGGUAGCUCAUCUGCCAAUCAGAGCACCUCAAACAUUGCACCAACUGCUGCAGCUCCGGUGAAACGACCAAAUACUACAAAAAAUGUAGCACCAAAGUAUCCCCAAAGAAUAGGUCAAGUGAAAGUUGGAAGCCCCAAUUCUAGUCAGGCACCUGGUGUAAAUAGUGACACAAAACUCGUUGAAAUGAUUAACACUGCCAUAGUAGAUAGAAGUCCUUCUGUUAGAUGGGAAGACGUUGCUGGACUUGAAAAGGCGAAGCAAGCUUUAAUGGAGAUGGUUAUUUUGCCAACUAAGAGAAGAGACUUGUUCACUGGUCUUAGAAGGCCAGCUAGGGGUUUGCUUCUCUUUGGUCCGCCUGGUAAUGGAAAGACAAUGCUUGCCAAAGCGGUGGCUUCAGAAUCAGAAGCAACAUUUUUUAAUGUCUCAGCAGCUUCCUUGACAUCAAAAUGGGUGGGUGAAGGUGAAAAGCUUGUCCGGACACUAUUCAUGGUAGCUAUAUCCAGACAGCCAUCUGUAAUUUUCAUUGAUGAGAUUGAUAGUAUAAUGUCAACAAGGGUGGCAAAUGAAAAUGAGGCCAGCAGACGCUUAAAAUCUGAAUUCCUUAUCCAGUUUGAUGGGGUGACAUCCAAUCCUGAUGAUAUUGUGAUUGUAAUUGGUGCGACCAAUAAGCCACAAGAAAUUGAUGAUGCAGUUCUUAGGAGACUGGUAAAGAGAAUAUACAUACCUUUACCAGAUGAAAAUGUUCGGAGACGUAUGCUAAAACACAAACUCAAGGGUCAAGCAUACUCAUUACCUAGUAGAGAUCUAGAGAUGCUUGUAAAAGAGACAGAAGGAUAUUCAGGAAGUGAUCUACAAGCCUUGUGUGAAGAAGCUGCAAUGAUGCCAAUUAGAGAGCUAGGUGCUGACAUUCUUAAUGUGAAGGCAAAUCAGGUAAGAGGACUGAGGUAUGAGGAUUUCAAGAAAGCAAUGUCUGUCAUCAGACCAAGCUUAAACAAGAGUAAAUGGGAAGAGCUUGAGCGUUGGAAUGAGGAGUUUGGUUCCAAUUGAAGUCUUAUUCAAAACAUGCUUUCAUGCAUCAUGCAUAUACUUAAAUUCAAAGAAAGUGUACAUUAAGAUACUGAAGACAGAUAAAUUAUACUAGAAAUGACAAAAAAAAUUGCAGAGGAAUUUUUUUUACCUGUCAGUACAUGUAUUUUAGAUUCUGAGACUGAAGUUAAACCUGUGUAAUUGAUUAAUGGUUAUAAACUUUUGUAGCUUCUCUUCAGAAAUGAGUAUAUUGCGCAUAAUUUAUUAUGACAA